UUUCUGUCCCUCUCUCUUUCUCAUCUCUCUUUCUGUCUCCCUCUAUUUCUCCCUCUCUGUCUUUCUCCCUCUCUUCUACCCUCUCUCUCACCUUGUCUCUCUUUCUCUCUCUGGCAUUCAGACAGCUCCUCCUCAGACAGCUCCUCCUCUGUUACCUCUCCUUCCUUUCCAGACUGAGUCUCCUCACAGGUCUACAAGCUGUGCUGAUGUUUUUUCAUUUAUGCACCACUUAUCUCUUCCACCGGUGUGAGGCAGCGCAGAGAGCUCCGCUGCACAGUGCAUACAUAUUUAACAACACAGAGUGUGUGUGUUUUUGCAGGCAUGUACAUCCCCAGCUGCGAUGAGGACGGCUACUACAGGCAGCUGCAGUGUGACCAGAGCAUGGGAGAGUGUUGGUGUGUCGACCAGCACGGAGGAGAAAUUAUGGGCUCUAGAAUCCAUGGCAACCCUGACUGUGAUGAACUGCUGGGAUAUUCUGGAGAUUUUGGGAGUGGUGUGGGAUGGGAGGAUGAGGAAGAGAAGGAGGAGAACGGAGAAGAGGCGGAGGAGGAGGAGGAAGAGGAAGAGGGGGAGGCAGACGACGGAGGAUACAUCUGGUAGAAACUGAACCCAAACGGAGAACCUGGUCGGGAUGGAUCCACUGGCCUACAACUACAGGGAUGAUGGCUGAGGCUUGCGUCCCAAAUGGCACCCUAUUCCUAUGUAAUGCACUACUUUUGACCAGGUCUCAUAGGGACACCCAUAGGGGGUCUGUCAAAAGUAGUGCACUAUAUAGGGAAUAGGGUGUCAUUUGGGAUGCACGCAUCUUUGUCUCCUAACAGCAAAAGAUUUGGGGAUUUCGGGGCAUGGGAUUCUGUCUCUAUUGUCGUUGAUCUGGGGAGUGGGAGGUGUGUG